AUGGCCGGUCCGUCCAAGGUCAACAAAGGCAAAGGACCCGCCAGACGAGUGUCCAUCGCAAACGAAGACAAUACCAUCAGCCCUCCCAACUCUCCCGCUGCGACCAGCCACUACGCUCCCCCCCACAGAUCAGCCGUCGGAAGCCCGUCGCGCUCUCAGGCUUCGUACGCUUCGGCUUUGAAGUCACGUCCGGAGUCGCGCGUUGGUCAGUCUGCCGCUGCCUCUGCUGCUGGUGGCGCUGCUGCUGGCGGUAGUGGUUCAAACCAGCCUGCCACUACUCCCGCUCCGAGUGUGGCCGCACCUACACCUAUUCCCGCGUCCGCCCCUCCUCAGACCAUGCCGCACGUCACGGGCGGUUGGCGUCCGGUUGUCCACGCCGGUGGCUACGGUGCCCCCUAUUUCAUGAUGGCCGGUCAACAGAACCCUCCGCGGCAACCUCCGGCCAACCCGGGCAACCCCCCCGAUGAAAUGGGCGACCCUCCUCCGCCGCCGCCUCCGCAGAUUGUUCCGCACACUUUGAACCCCCAUGGCACUUAUUACUACCCCGGGGUCCCGAGCACCGAGUUGGGUCCUAUGGUGCAUCGCUAUGUUCCUCGCCAUGACGUGCCGGGUCAUCCGGGGGUGUUUUUUGCUAGUGGCCAGAUGCAAGGCGGUUUUAUGGCCAACGGCACGAUGCACAUGCAAGCGGGCAUCACAGCCCCCAUCAGCCCGGUCAUAAUCCACCAGCAGCACCCCACCGCCCAACCGAUGAUGAUCCAGAACCACUCCAUCCCCGGCGGUCCCCCCCUGAUGCUCCCGGCGACCAACUACCAGGCCAUCAACCCAGCGGCCGUCAUCGGCACCCAAGCCAUCCCCACCAUCCCAGGCAUCGUCCAUCCGCUCCCGCACCAACAACAACAGCAGCAGCAGCGCAUCCACCACCAAGUGCACGUGCAGCCCUCCGUUGUCGCCGCAGCCGUCGCGGCCGGCCUGCCCGCCCAGCCGCCUAUCCACAUCGAGCCUGUCUCGGGGAUUGGUCUGACGCCCGGCGAGACGGCUGCGCAGAACGUGCGCAUCGCGCAGGGCAAUAAGGCGUAUGAGCCGCAGGACUUUAAGCCGGCGGACCCGGACCCGUAUCGGUUGUACUGGUUCCGGGAGCUGAAUGGGCAUUGGGCGGUGUUUCCUCGUCGCCAGAUUGAUCGGUUGGAUGCGAGGUGGUUUAGAACUGAUGAGGGGGUGUUUUACGCUGUUCGCGUUUCGGAUUAA